AUGUCUGAUUUACUGGACGAUGACAUUACUAUGAGCGAGUACAUGGAGGAGUUGGAUGCUCAGAACAUGGUCCCUCCGAACGAAGGCUUUCCUGGUUUUGGUUUUGGUUCUAUCUUUGGUUUGAAUCAUGGUUUUGAAGCCGUUUUAAGACCAUGA